ACCCGCUUCAUCCUCCGAGUCGGAUACCACCCCGUCCGACGCCCACACGAGAUACACCUCCGGCACCUGUCCCUCCAUUGCCGUCGGCCUGUAUCGGUCGACAGCAGCCAGCGUCGACUCAAAAUGCUCGACGAGCCACGCCGGCGCCGGCGCCCCAUCUCCCAUGACAUUGUGUCGUGCCAGCCAGCGCAACACCUCCACUGGCAUCGCUUCGUACACAUUCCGCGGCGGCACAUCGAUGAGAAUCAGCUUCCGCACCUCUUCCCCAGCGCGCAUCAGCACCUUGGCCGCCUCGAAAGCGUAAUAGCCGCCGGCGGACCAUCCCCCGAGGAUAUACGGCCCCUUAGGUUGGCGAGCACGGAGUUCUUUCACCCAUGUCUGAACGAGAUCAUCCACGCUAAAAGUCACGUCGCGCCCGGCUCGCAGGAAGGGGCUGUUGAGUCCGAAGACGCACCAUCCCGAUCCAAUCUCUGGGAGCUUCGCAUACGAAGACGCCGACCCACUCCCGUCAGGGAAGAGAAAGAGGUAUUUCUGCGUGGCCUUGGGAUCGCCUUGAAGAAGAACGGAGAGGGGGACAGAGGGAGAACGCGAAGGCUGCAUCGGAGCAGAAGACACAGGAGCCGAAGACAGUUGCAGACUUCUUUCAAUAUCGGUCAUCGAAGAUCCGGCCGUGAGAAUCGUCCGGGGGGACCGCGAUCCCAAGCUGCUCGCGCACUGCUCCAGCGAUGGUAA